AAAUCACCCUCAAAUUUCUCCAUCUACCUUUGUUAAUUUGAUAUGCCCUUGGUUCUAUAAAACACGUUCUGUGUUAAUACCAGUCAAUAAACCAUGCGUAGUUGGUAACGCUCUGUGACUACUUGCUCAAGCACCAAAAGAAAAAGAAAAAAUACCCCCAAAAAUCCGAAACAAUAAAAUAUCUCUAUAUAUAAAACGAAUUUAGUUCCCAAUUAAUCCACGCAGUGUAGACCUUUAUAGUUUAUAGUCCCCCUCUCACAGACCCCUGGAGCCGGUGUGCUGCACGGUGCUCGCUGCAGCACACAGAUCGGGUUCAGUCUUUGUCAGUGUGAAUGGGGGCGGAGGAAGCGAAGCCAUUAGAAUCCUAUAAAAAGAAAGUAUCCGACAUCACAAAGUAUCAAGCUCCAUCACCACAAGCACCUAGGCCAGAUACGGACCGCUGGAAACCACUUUGCAAAAAUCUAUCCUAACCGUCAGUCCAUCAUCCAAUUUAUUUUUCUUUAAUUUAUAUUUUUUUCAACGGAAACAGCUAGGAUAAUUUCUUAACCGUCGACGGUACUUUCAGAAAAGUAUUAUUAUAUCCAUGGCAGUCUUGGGUUUAUUUAAUUAAUUUACCAAAACCAUCGAAGUUGAAAAACUUUUCAGCCAACCGGUAAACUUUUACGCAUGGACGCUGCGAGAACGCGCACCGCUCCGAGAUCGUCGGUGCUCGUAAAGUGAGCGCUGAGGUGUGCUCCUUGAACCUUUCCUACCUUCUCGGCACUCCACGUCUUUUUGAAGGAUGCUCGCUUUCCCUCGGAGUAGAUGGUGGUGGUUUGUACUGGCGCUCCUCGUGGCCACGGUGCGGACGGGGACGUCCCAGAGACCAGAAGCGCGCUCCAAGGCCAACUCCAUCAGGUCGGCGUUGUUGGAAGAGGCGCACCCCACGCCGGGGACCAACCACACCGGGACCCUUCACAGCGCAGGGAUCCCCAAGAAGCACAACGUCCUCACACAGGCGUAUCCGUGCAGCAGUGACAAGGAGUGCAGCCUGGGCAGCUACUGCCAGAGCCCCCAGCAGGCCCCCUCCAGAUGCCUCACCUGCCGCAGGAGGAAAAAGCGUUGCCAUAGAGACGCCAUGUGUUGCCCCGGAAACCGCUGCAGCAGCUACAUCUGCGUCCCCGUCUCGGAGAGCGUGCUGUCCCAGCACAUCUCGCCCCUGGGCGACCACAAUAAGCUCUCCACCAAGGAGCACGGCUGGAGGAGGAACGGGAAGACGAACGGGAAGACGAAUGGGAAGACACAGCCCAAGCAUUCCCUCAAAGGCCACGAGGGCGACCCCUGCCUGCGCUCGGCCGACUGCUCCGAGGGCUUCUGCUGCGCACGCCACUUCUGGACCAAGAUCUGCAAGCCUGUGCUGCGGCAGGGCGAGGUGUGCACCAAGCUCCGCAAGAAGGGCUCCCACGGCCUGGAGAUCUUCCAGCGCUGCGACUGCGCCAAGGGACUCUCCUGCAAGGUGUGGAGGGACGCCACGUCCUCCUCCAAGUCCCGCCUGCACAUGUGCCAGAAGGUCUGAAGAAGGAGGGAGGGGGGGGGAGAGGGGGGAGUGAGGAGU